CUGGCGGAGCUGGGAGUGAGUGACCAACAGGCCCAGCACCAGCACCAGACCCAGCACCAGGCUGCCUACCACUCCUCCCACUCGGAGCUGGGCCUGUUGCAGCGGGGCUACUCCCUCAGCGCGGCUCCGACGCAGACUCUGACCCAGAGGGGGUCAUGUCGCCAGAGCGUGCCGUCCAGCUGUGGGGGGGUCACGGGAUCAAGUCCCGUCGCAGCUCCGGCCUCUCCAGCAGGGAAAACUCAGCCCUCACACUCACCGACUCAGACAACGAACACAAGUCUGACGACGAGUCAGCAUACUUCGAUGACGAAGGUGAUGAUGAGGAUGAGGAGGAUCUGUACAGUCACCACCGUUUCAGUAAGUGCCAUCUCACUUUCACCCCUCUACUGUGUACUGCAAAGGCAUCUGUGUUCUUACUACAACUGUGCCUUUACAAACUUCAUCUGCAGUCGUUACCUUGAUACCACCAUCAAACACACUGUUGUGAAUUCAUCCUUCAUGGCUUUGUUCAGUGCUCUGUUGUUGUUUUCAUCCUUUCCCGUUGUGUUGGGCUGAGUGGGUUGUUGGGGAAGGCCUUUUGUCAGGGUGUUCAUGCAUCCAGGACAUCAGGUCCCCUAUGAGCGGGAGGAGGAUUAGCUCCGC